AUAUUUGGAUUGACAAAGUACUUUGUCCUCAAUGUGUUAUUUGUAUUUAUUUCAGAUGACCCAGAAACCUGUACAUCAUGCAUCCAUAAUUAUUAUAUGUACAAUCAGCAGUGUUACAGAACAUGUCCUCAAAAUACUGUCCCAGAUGACAGUUCUCACCUAUGCAUUGAGUGUCAGCCCAAUUGUAGAAGCUGUGACAGAUAUGAAUGCUAUUGGUGUGAAGAAGGUUUUUUCCUUCUAGGUGGGAAAUGUGUGAGAGAUUGUGGAGCUGGCUUUUACAAAGAUGAAAUUACGGAAGAAUGUGAACCGUGCCACAGGACCUGCAAAACGUGCAGAGGGGUCAACUACAAUGACUGUACUAGCUGCCAAGGCAUUUUACAGCUUCUGCAUGGAAAGUGUGUAAAUCCCCAACGCAAGGAAAUAUAUGGGAAAUUUUGGAACGAGAGGCUGAAGCUGCACACCUCAAACAGUUUGGGCUCCGCAUCCCUGAAAGACCGCCUCUUCCCUUAUGUCCCGUCGCGAUCCUUACGGUCAGCUGAGAACGAUCUCUUCUCGGUAUCAACCAUGCAUCAAAUCGAGACGGAAAGGGCACUGAAAGAGGCAUUCUUGGAGAAUGCCCCAGUGCUGCCGAAGGCCUUUCCCUUCAAGGUUCACCAAAAUCCAAGCCUGAGCGUUGUCCGGAAGCGAUCAACAGCUACUGACUUUCAGCCAUGUGUUCCUUCAUGCAAAACUUGUGAAAAAGCUGCUGAUAGAUGUACUUCGUGUCACAUGGGGCAGUUUCUUUUUGCUGGGUCCUGUGGCCAUGAUUGCCCUCCCCAAACUUUUCGCAAUACGAAGACAAAACAAUGCGAGAACUGCACAGAGGACUGUGAGGAAUGCACAGCAAAUCAACACUGUCUGAAAUGUCUGUCCAGUCCAAGCAUGCCACGCUAUUUGCACAGAGGCGAAUGCUUGCAGGAGUGUCCCACUGGCUUUUUUGCUAAAGAUGGAAAGUGCAAGGAAUGCAAUCCACCUUGCAAAACCUGUGGAAAAAAUGCCACCAUGUGCCUCUCCUGUGAAAGGCCCUUGCUCCUAGAGGGCUUCAGAUGCAAACCUGAGUGCUCCGAGGGGCACUUUGCUACUGAUAGAGCCUGUGAAGCUUGUCCUAAGAUGUGUCAGGAAUGCAUUCAUCAAAGCAAAUGCAAAGUGUGUAUUCCUCCCUUCCAUCUGCACAAUGGGAUGUGUUUGCAGAAUUGUCCUUCUGGUUUUUACCCUUUCUCCACCCACUGUUUCACUUGCCAUGAGCUCUGCAGAGAAUGUGAAGGGCCAGAGGCUGAUGACUGCAUUGCCUGUCCUGAUACUUCCUAUGCAUUAUACAAAGGCAGGUGUAUUGAAGACUGCCCAGAUGGCACUUACUAUGAAGAAGAAGCUGCAGCCUGCAAAGACUGCCACGAGACCUGCAAAACUUGUUCAUCUGCCACCAGCUGCUUUUCCUGUGAAGAAGGUCUGCUGAUGACCCUCACUGGUGUCUGUGUCAUCCCUCAGGACUGCUUGCCCAAUUGGUACUAUGACAGCGCAAGCAGGAAAUGUAGGCCUUGUCACAAGGCCUGUUUCCAUUGCAAAGGGCCAGGCAAUGCUCAGUGUCUUAGCUGCCCAAGUAGCUGGCAUCUCCUCAAUACAACCUGUGUCAGUACCUGUCCUGAUGGAUAUUAUGAAGAUACUGAUUCCCAGUGCUACCCUUGUCACAGGACCUGUAAAACAUGCCAUGGAAAACACAGCACCCAGUGCCUUCUCUGCCCUCCAAACUGGUACAAGGAAGAAAACCUGUGUGUCCAGAACUGUACAGCUGGGUAUUAUGCCAACAGUGUCACCAGAACUUGUGAGAGAUGUCACAAAAGCUGCCAGAAAUGUUUGGGACCUGCACCUACAGAAUGUUUAUCCUGUGCGGAAAAUUUCUUCCUGCUGCGCUCCUCCAAUGAAUGUCUCUUCUCCUGCCCUGAAUAUUACUAUGCAGAUCUUGACACUCAUGCUUGCAAACGGUGCCAUCCAACUUGCCAUACUUGCAAAGGGAAGGGAGAAUUCAAAUGCACAACCUGCGUGACAAGUUAUCAUUUCUUCGCUGGAAUCUGCAACUCAGUAUGCUUACUAGGAGAAUACCAAGUCUCAGAGGUAAAGCCAUCAAAAUGUGAGAAAUGCCACGAUUCUUGUAUGCAGUGCAAGGGGCCUGGUCCCUUCAACUGUACUUCAUGUCAUCUUAACAUGGAACUAUACGUUGAUGAAUAUCGAUGUGUACCUUGCUGUAAGGAUGCUGGAUUGAUGCAAACUCAGGAAUGUUGUAACUGCACUAUAAUGUCAGAUGAGUGUAUAUUAGUAGUCCCUGACAUGAAAACAAGAGGCAAAACUGUGGCUUUGACAGCUGCCUUACUCAUUUUGUUGAGUUUCAUCAUUGGAGCUACUGUUUUCAUAUGGAGAAGACUGCGAGCCAGACCUAGGCCUGUUAACCAUGUUGGGUAUAAGAAGUUGGCAGAUAAUGCACAGGUGCUCCGUUCUUUCAAAAGCAACCAGUACCAGAGCAGCAGCUAUCCAGAAAAUCAAGUGAAUGAAUACAAAGACCGGGAUGAUGAUGAUGACGACGAUGACGAUGACAAUGAUAUUGUCUAUAUGAGCCGAGAUGGUACUGUCUAUCGUAAAUUUAAAUAUGGACUUCUGGAAGAUGAUGACAUAGAUGAACUGGAAUAUGAUGAUGAAAGUUACUCCUUUAGAUAACCUACUGUUCAAACAAUUGUCACUGCAUCUCUAACACCUUGCUGAAUUAGUUACUGGAAGAUGAUAAAUGUAAUACAAGUUCAGAAUCUCACAUAAAUGAUACAAAUAACCACUUACUACCUAUCUGCAAUUACUGUGGAAUUAUGUUUCCUUACUGUUUGGCAGAACAAAGUGUGGAAUCAAAACACAGGCCACAAUCAGCCUUCCAUCAUAUGCAAGCCAUGGUAGGUUACUACUUUUGGUAAAUGGUUAUCUGUAUUCAUUCAUACAUUUUUCAAGUAGUGUUUCCUCCUGCAUUUUUAAAUUAAAAUUAUAUCAUUCAGAUCAUGAAGCAUUUGUCUGAUAUAAAAUAUCUAAGAUAAAACUGAAAUCUCUUGAAUUAGAUUGCUUUUCAGCACUUUUCAGAUGUUGGACAAAAUGGGAUCACUGAUACAUGGCUUUGUUUAACUUCCUCUUGUGUCAUGUAUUGAUGCAAUGAAGAAACAAGGAAUAAUAUGGGCUCAGGGCAUGUAGAACUGAAAAAUGAAUAAAUGCAGCAACUUAACAAUGGAUAUGAGCAAUUGAAUGUAAUAUAAGGCACAAACUGCCUACUGUAUACAGAGUUUGUCAUUUGUUCACCUCACUGGUUUGCUAACUCAAUAUUUGGGGGUAGCUAGCUUAUAUAAUUCACUCUUCUGGAAGUUCUUCCCAUGGCAAAAGAAAUCUGAUUCUUGUUGAGUACAUACCAUAACUAUUCAUAACUUGAUGCUUAGGACUCCAGUUUGCAGCACAAAUGAAUGGCGAAAGCUCUCAGGUAAUUUAAUGUUUUUGGUUUUUCUGUUGAAAUAAGUAGAACCAAUUUAUCAAGCAAUGAAAUAGGCCCAGUUUGCACAUAUCAAUAAACCAUGGUUUAGCAUUGCAAGGGCGAACUACAAUGAACCUUGGAAUCACUUGAGACUUUAUAUCUCUUCAUUCUUCUCUUUAGGUCCAGCUAUUCAGAGAUUGGAAACUUCCAAUUCCAAUUGUAACUAUGUAAUGGUUUAGCAUUACCCUGAAUAUUAGUUGAAGUAAGGAAGAUUCAUAAAACAUGGUUUGAAGAUUAUUUGUUUCCAUGAAGCAUACUUAAGACUAACUGCAGCUUACCUAUUUAGUCUAAAACAGAAACAAAAGCAUCUUGGUUCCUCCUUAUGGCUCCAAAGAAAGGGAUGGAGGAAAGAACAUGAUUUAUGUUACAUUUCAAUGCAGGCACAUGAUACGUGCAAAUUAGUCGAAAACUCUUGCCAAUCUGUUAAACUAUUCUAUUGUUAUUAACAUGUAAUUUAUCAUUAAACGGAGUAAGAUUUAAUGAUAUUGCCUGCUACUGUAUGUGCUUAUAAUCUGCAUUCAUUUUGCGAAGAGAUUUUUUUUUCUUUUCUAACCUGAAUUUUUCUAGAUUCACCAAAAGUAGCAGAAGUUUCCGUAUGGGCUGAAAGGUCUUGUAUAAUGGUUGAAGUAGUGGAGUCG